AUGGCUAAUAUACAAAAUCCAUCCUUCGAGAUAUUCGAUUACAACCCUGAAGACUACUUGAAUACAAAGUACCGUCACCUCAAAACAAUUCUUCUGGACAACGUUAUAAUUCCCAUCGACCCUAAAGUUUCUCUUCCAACCAGGAAAAAGUCACGUUCCUGCCCCAGCCAGCCCGCCCCCGUGCCCCCGCCCCCGCCCCCGGCCCACCCGGUUGGUCCUACACCACCACCACCGACAACACCAGCACCAGCUCCAGCACCAGCAGCAACAGUCGCCGCAGUCCGCCAAGCAGAAGCCAGCCCUGAGACACCGCCGCCGCCUAGCAGUUGGGAAGCCUGCCCGUCCUCCGUCGUUUUAAUUAACCGUCACUCCGAAACCGCCCGCAAGGCAACCUUCAGGAUUAGUAUGGGAUAG